AUGGAUUCGGAAUGCCUCUGGGCGGAUGAUGACCUCGACGGUGUAUUGUACGGAGUUACACGAGCGAACGCGCGUCCCGCCCACAAAUCGCCGUCUUUCUGCACGUCGGCGUUGCAAUUUCGUCAAAUUGUACUUUUCCCCCCAACGUCCACCGUCGGACGAGAGGAGAAAAACAAGGAGAGAGGCGGAGGGGGCAGAGAAAACGAAAAGUACGUGAUGGUACUAGAAUUUUUCCUGAGAUGAGUCAGAAUGGCUGGCUAGGACAUUUUCCGAGAUCUCAAAAAGCUGAUGCGCAGCGAAAUUAUAGAUACAUAGCUGUCAUUGUGAGGACUUCUGAUAGAGCCAGAGCUAAUGAAAAUCCAAAAUUGGAGUUCAAAAACAGAAAUUUUGAACUAUUCGUCAUUUAGGAGAAGGCUAACAAGUUGAUGCGCAGCGAAAUUAUGGAUACGGAGCUGCCAUUGAGAGGACUUCUGAUAGAGCCAGAGCUGAUGAAAAUCCCAAAUUUUGAACUAUUUGUCAUUUAG